AUGAACGUAUGCAUCUUCGUAUAUUGCGGCGACUGGAAGAUCCAAAAAGACCACACUCCUUUCUACACCUGGCUAGGGAAUGCAGAAUCAGAGCUAGCAUGUGCAGAGACUAUGAAGAUACCGGAAAGCCGACAAGACAAGACCGAGGGAAGUAAUGAGGUGGGAGGGCAGGUCUUGUUGGCAUGGUAA